AUCCAACCAGUCACAAUGACAGGGGGGGAAGCAGUAUCUGUGCAUUACUUACCCACCAUGUUCCUCUGGCAGGAGGAAGCAGUGACUGGGAGAAAUCUGGGUGCCCCCCACAGAGCACUCCCCUGCCAGCUGUUAGCAGCUUCUGACUCUACACUGGCAGUGCAUACCUCUGCACUGCCACACAGCGCCCCCUAGGCGAUUGCAGGGUAGCUCACCCCCGAGGCCAGCCCUGUCCCUGAUUGCUCUAGACCGCUCUUUGGCUCGCAUUCAUUUGCAAAGCACUUUGAAGAAGCAAGCUACAGGAUAAGUGGAGAUUGUUCGUUGAAAAACUGGAGACCAACCUUAUUUUGCCCAAUUAUUUCUUGGUUUGGCAACAGGAGAGAAAUGUACAUUUGCAGAAAAUUGCAUAGAGAGCGAGCAGGUAGGCGUGCAUAGUCACAAUAACCAAAUAUAUACACCUAUAUUCUUUUGCCUGUUGCAGUGAACUUAUUUUGCUAUCCACUAGCCCAGGAGGAUGUCCAGCACCCCAGUAGCUGUGGUGACCGGGGGCAACAAAGGGAUUGGAUUUGCUAUUGUGCGGGCUCUGUGUAAGCAGUUCACUGGGGAUGUGUACCUGACAGCCCGGGACCCAGGACGGGGUCAGGCUGCGGUGACAAAGCUGCAGGAGGAGGGACUGAACCCACUUUUCCACCAGCUGGACAUCGAAGAUCUGCAGAGUAUCCGGACUCUGCGGGACUUCCUGAAGGAGAAAUAUGGAGGGCUGAAUGUGCUGGUUAACAACGCAGGGAUUGCUUUCAAAGUUGCUGAUACCACUCCAUUUGCUAUUCAAGCAGAGGUUACAAUGAGGGCAAACUUUUUUGCAACAAGGGACGUCUGCACGGAGUUGCUACCCCUCAUAAAGCCUCAUGGCAGAGUAGUGAAUGUAUCUAGCACGGUAAGUGUAUCAGCUCUGGCAAGAUGUAGCCAGGAUCUGCAGCAGAAGUUUCGUAGUGACACAAUCACUGAGGAGGAGCUAGUGAAACUCAUGACAAAGUUUGUGGAGGAUACCAAGAACGGAGUGCAUGAGAAGGAGGGCUGGCCAAAUACCGCUUACGGUGUGUCCAAAAUUGGAGUCACGGUCUUGUCCAGAAUCCAGGCCCGGAUGUUGAACAAGGAAAGGAAAGCUGAUCGAAUUCUUCUAAAUGCCUGUUGCCCUGGAUGGGUGAGAACCGACAUGGCAGGUCCCAAUGCCACUAAAAGUCCAGAUGAGGGAGCCGAGACUCCAGUUUAUUUAGCCCUUUUAGCCCCUGAUGCUGAUGGGCCUCAUGGGCAGUUCGUUAGUGAAAAGAAAGUGCAAAAGUGGUAAUCCUUUAUUUGUAUAUGUGAGAUGCAGUCCAGAAACAAUAUCAGAUAUUACUGAUUUAUUGUUGGUACCAAUAAUAAUUAAGCAUCUGUAAAUGUCUUUGCCAUUUCUAAUAUCUUAUUAGGGUUUAUAGAAUAUACACAAGGUUUCUGCUAUUGCAAAAUAAUUGCAGUUUGGAAUAGUGCAUGAAUUAAACUGUGCCUUUAAUUUAGUUUUUAAAGGUAUGAAAAGUGUUGAAAUAAAGUAUAGUUUAAUAAGCUAAAA